CACAAUGACUUGGAUGAGACAGCCUAAAUGCAAAGGACACUGCUAAUCAUCUCUACCUUAAAUGCAUCCAUACCGCAUAGAAACACGACGAACCCACUUCUUUCAUUGACCAGAGAUUUUUGUUUUUUCUGACGAUCCUUGGAGACAUAUGGCUGGAAAAUGAAACGACCCGGGAGUGUGGCCACAUCGUUAUUCUGUGUGGUGUAAUACCAGAUGGGCACUGUGAACGGCGCAGGGAUGUGAAUGGACAGUUUGAAAUGGGAAUUUUCUCCCCUCGAGCAGGUUCCGUUGCUCUCUCCUGUCUCUUGGUAUAACGCACUAGCUUUUGCCCUUCUCUGCAGUAUCAAUUAACUCGACUUGGAGGUGGAGUGGCCAGAGAAGAAGGAAUGAAGCGAUCUGACUAAUCUUGCUAGCUGCGGAACGGCAGAGCCUGGACCGCGGCCGGGUGCAGAUCUGCCGACUGCGCCCGCGGCAUGGAGCGCACGGGCGCCCGCGGGGACCCAGGCCCGGCCCGGAGAACCGGCUGCUGAGCUCCGGAGUCCGCCAGGCCGCCGCCUCCUUGCGCCCUCUGCCUUUACUGUCACUGUCGCCCCUCUCAAAGAGUCAUGGAAGACGGCCCGCUGCCAGACCUCAGAGACAUUGAGCUGAAACUGGGGCGCAAAGUGCCCGAGAGCCUAGCGCGCUCGCUGCGCGGGGAGGAGCCGGCGCCCCGAGAAGGGGCUGCGGACCCCAGCGGGGUUGGCGGGAGCUGCAGCAGCAGCAGCAGCUGCAGCAGCUUUGCGCCGUCUGUGUCCUCCUCCUCUUCAUCCUCCCCUGCCUCUGGCUCUCCACGACGCGGCCACCCCAGCGCCCUGGAAAGGCUGGAGACCAAACUGCACGUCCUCAGGCAGGAGAUGGUUAACCUCAGAGCCACCGAUGUGAGGCUCAUGCGCCAGCUGCUCCUCAUCAAUGAGAGCAUCGAGUCCAUCAAGUGGAUGAUUGAGGAAAAAGCCACCAUCACCAGCAGAGGCAGCAGUCUCAGUGGCAGCCUGUGCAGCCUGCUGGAGAGUCAGGGUACCUCCUUACAUGGCAGCUACAACAGCCUCCAUGAUGGCAGUGAUGGGCUGGAUGGCAUCUCUGUAGGGAGCUACCUGGACACUCUGGCAGAUGAUGUACCAGGGCAUCAGACCCCUUCAGACUUGGAUCAGUUCAGUGACAGCUCCAUCAUAGAGGACUCACAGGCUCUGCACAAGCAUCCCAAGUUGGAUUCUGAGUACUACUGCUUUGGCCAAUGACCCAGUUUUUUUGCAUGGGACUGGUGUGCAAUUAACUUGUAUGUAUCCUUCUUCUCUGCUGCUAUAUUUUUGGUGUGAUUUAUUUUAAUAAGGCAACCUUUUUAAAGAAGCUUAUUUUUAAACUGCUUAAUGGUAUUUCUGUUGCUCCUAAUAUUUCUCAUCUAGACUGAUUUAUUUUUCUCUGUUACAUCUUUAUUUUUAUUUAUUAUAAUAAGCUCUCUCCCCUCUUAUAGUAUCACAGAUAAGUAGAGGGGAAAGGAUAAGCAAUAAUUGUUUUCGCUUUUGUUUUCAGAGCAAGGGGUCAGGGAUUAUAAGAAAAACUUUGCUAAAUUUUACAAUAAACCAAAGUCUGAUAACUUCAUUGUGCUGCUUGUGUCCUUAAGUGAUUUGAUAUUUUUAUGUGUCUGAAAAUAUGAAGAUAUUUUACUGUUUGUAUAAUAAGUUGAGCAAAAUAUUUGGCUAAAGAAAACAUUAAUUCAAAGCCAAGACAUGUUAGUACGUAAUGAGCAAUGCUGUCAGUCACGAGCAUCAGCGUGAUUGACAUUUGGAAGAUCCUAACUGCGUAGACUUGGGUCAGUCCGCUCUGGUGUUAACAUUGUAGACUGGUGUUUUAUAAUCAAUGAGUUUAACUCAAAUCUUGAGUUUACUUCCAUUGCAAUAUGUAUUACUCUACUAGAUUUCAAAGAAGCAUGGACAGUAGUUUCCAUGGAACCUUAGAUUUCACUGAGUGUCUUAAGAGAGAGAGAGAGAUGGAAGACUGAAGGAGAAGUGAGUCUGAUCUUAUGCAGGACCAUGCUUGUUGGUGGACACACAGUGAAGAGCAGUGUCUCAGCAGCGUACAUAGUGGGACCAGGCAGCCAGAUGAGAAACCCUCCCAGGAUGAAGAUGCAGCCUCAUGCGGCGGAAAUGACUACACAUGUAUAUUAAGGUUCAUCUCAAAGUCCCCUCCCUUCAGAAGUUGACUUGCCUGGUUACAAGAAAGCUGGUAAGUGUAGUAUUUCGACAGGAAACUGUUAAAAUGUCCUAAAUUUAAAGAUAGUUAGAGCUUUAUCUAUAUUUUUUGUAUAUAUUUUGCUAUGCUAGCAAAAGUAUAAACAUGUACAGUCAGAUAGACAGACAGCCAAGAGCAGGGUAAACAUGGGGAAGUGAAUCCACGAGAACCUGAGAUAAAGGGGUGGCAAAUAUUUAUUGGGAAACACUCAUGAACAACAAGGUAGAAUCGCCACGGUCCCCUGCUCUGUGGGUGCUGGCAGCUGUGAUCAGAUCGCUGACCAUCAUCCAAGAGAGAAAGAGAGAAUGAACCCCAUCUCUCUUUUAAAAGUGAUCAAACCCUCACCUUUAAGUCCAGUACCCCCAAAAGCUGUUGACUAAAUAAAUUCCCACAGCACAACAAAAACAUUUUGCUAUACUAUUAAGACCAACAUGACCUGGGUAUAUUUUCAUUUGUGCAAUAAGUCAAAACACUUUUUUUUUGUCCUUUUGACAUUUACUUUAUAUGUAUGGGUUUGAGGCAUAUGUGCACAUUGAUACCUGUGCAUGUGAUGGUCAGCUAUGUUAGGUCUUAUGGAAUUAUAGGCAUCUGUGGACCACCCAACAUGAGUGCUGGGAAUCAAACUCUGGUCUACUGAAGGAGCAGCCCAAGCUCAUAAGAGCUAAGACAUCUCUGUACCCCCCACUUAAUUUUGAUAUGAUAUUAUUAUCCCCAUACGUAUUAUUCAUAUACACAUUAUCAUUCCCAUAUAUUUUUUCUUGAUGAUUUCUAGUGAGACAACUUUAUUAAGAUUUCAAAGUAUCCUAAGGAAUAAUACAUGUUUGCGCAUUAAACAUUUGACAGUAAAUCAAAAAGACCUUGCACUGCAACCAAGGAAUGUCCUUAUUCAAUAAAUAUUUUCUCUGUGUAUAUAAAUUCAUUGUUUGUCUCUAAGACAUACCACUCAAUUUCAAGUCUGUCAAUUUAAAGUCUGUCACGUCUUAAUAUUUUGCACUCUAAAAUUUUCACCUAAAAUUCUUAUAGCAUCAGAACUGUUUCUGGAUGUAAGGACUGCCGCCAAUUUUUGUUUAAGGAAAUUGAAGUACAUAGAACAUAAACUAUGUGUGUGUGUGUUGUGGGGAGGGGGAUGUCAGAUUCCUCCAGUGUCAAGCUUUGGGCUUGAAUUGGGCCGAGGUCUCUGUUGUUCCUAAAGACUACGCUCAUUAACAAUGGCUCAUUUUUUUUUACUCUUUGUUGAUAUUAAAUAAUAAAAUGUAGUUGAGAGAGGAAAUACAGAUCUGUCUACAAUUAUAAAAAUGCAACCAACUGUUUUUAUGCAAUCAGCGUCUCCAGGUUUUCCAAUGUGAACUACCAAGCUUUUUCUUGAAAUCACAUAGCCAGAGAAGGCAGUCACAAAUAGUUGGCCAAUUGCCAAUUCUUCCUCAUCUAGUUCCCUUUUUCUGCAUACUUUUAUUUUCACUUUAGUAAGGGGUAUUUGAUGAACUUUUUUCUUUAGCUUUAGUCUGGAAUCAUAGCAAAAUAUUUUUAACAUAGAUUAUCAGAUUAAAAGUCAAGAGCAUACGUUGUGGCUCAACAGAGGACACAUUCUUCCAAACAAGACUGAUAAAUUUCAAGCAGAAGGCAAUGAACUAUGUAAGCAUAUGUCUACAGCAUAGAGAAGAGGUGAUUCUUAACAAGAAUAAAGUUGGCUUGAAGCAAUAGAAGAGUCACAAGCGCAGAUUCAAACAUCUGUAAGUCCCACCAUUUGCCUAGAACAAGCCAUGCACCAGCAAGUUCUUGGUACAACUUCAGACUGUGAACUCAGGCUGGCAAAUUUCUUUUAUACCUUUCUUGUCUAACCAAGUGUCCCAACAUUUGUCCAUACUCCCUGUGAAUAUCCCUUCUUCGUCAAGGAAAUGAGAAAAAUCUUAAGAGGACAAUGUGAGAGAAACAUAUGGAAUGGUUUUUAUUUAGAUGUUAUAUCAUAAGGAACCUAGUAGAAACAGUGGUAAAAUAGGUUAGAUCAUUUUGUGCCUCAUUACCAUUGAGUUUCAAUAUUUUAUAAUUUUAGGACUUAUUCCAUUUUUUCUUUUGAAAUAGGCUUUUUCUCUGUGUAGCCCUGGCUUGUCUUGAAAUUUGCUUUAGUCUAGGCUGGCCUUGAACUUGGAGACCCACCUGCCUCUGCAUCUCAAGAGCUGGUUUUAAAGCUGUGCACUACUAUAUCCGACUUCCUUUUUUGUAAAAAGCUAACACAUAUUGUAUGCUUUAGAUAUUAGAAUCACUUAAAUAACAACAGUGUCUUCACUAGGGAAUGUGUGCUUAAACAAGACUAGUAAUGAUCAUUGUCUCAUAAGAAUGAAUCUAUAGAAGUGCCUCCUUUUCAACAAAGAAAUGUCUAUUACCAAUCUUUGAUCUUGAGCCUGAUAUUUGGUCUUUGUUAGCAUUGUAGGGAAGUGGGCUAAGAAAUUAAAUCAACUAUGUUUUCCAAACUAUUCUGCCUACACUGAUUUUGUCAUGGAAAUUGGAAUGUGCCUGGGUUAUCUUGAUCUAUUUUAAUAGAAGUAAAAUAAUUGAAUAAAAGCAAUUCAGGA